AUGGGCGCUCUUAAGUAUACAAUCGAGGGCCAUUCUAGCUGGGUUCGGUCGGUUACCUUCUCCGGCGAUGGCCAGCUCCUCGCAUCGGGCUCUGAUGAUAACACGAUUAAGCUAUGGGAUCCCGCCACGGGCGCUCUCAAGUAUACGCUCGAGGGCCAUUCUAAUUGGGUUGAGUCGAUCGCCUUUUCCGGCGAUGGCCAGCUUCUUGCAUCAGACUCUGAUGAUCACAUUAUCAAAUUGUGGAAUCCCGUCACGGACACUCUCAAGUAUACGCUCGAGGGCCAUUCUAGCCUAGUUUGA